GCUCGAGCGGCCGCAGCCACAGACACCUCUCUGGAGGGAUCUAGUUGGGGAGGAAGCGAAGGUGUCGCUGGCCCUGGCCUGUGCCUGGACACUCAAAGGGGACUACAGCAGAUGAAGAUGGAAUCCCAAAGAACAUCCAAGAUUUAAUGAGGUUGAAGAAUUGGGGUGAUGGCACAAAAUUACUCAGGUGUGGGCUGCAUGUGUGCUCUCAGAGCAGUAGUGUGAGGAAGCUUGCAGUGGGAUGGCAGGACGGCCUCACCCCUAUGACAGUAACUCCAGCGAUCCAGAGAGCUGGGAUCGGAAGUUGCAUAGUAGACCUCGUAAACUUUAUAAACAUUCAAGCACCCCCUCACGUGUUGCUAAAGGAACUGUCGACCACACCAAAAUGAGUCUACAUGGUGCUAGUGGGGGACAUGAGAGAUCAAGAGAUAGACGAAGGUCAAGUGACAGAUCACGAGAUUCAUCUCAUGAAAGAACAGAAUCUCAGCUCACUCCUUGUAUUAGAAAUGUUACUUCUCCAACACGGCAGCACCAUAUUGAACGUGAAAAAGAUCACAGUUCCUCUCGUCCAAGCAGUCCUCGUCCUCAGAAAGUGUCUCCAGAUGGAUCCAGCAGCAGUGCUGGGAACAGCAGCAGAAACAGUAGUCAAUCAAGUUCAGAUAGUAGCUGUAAGACGUCUGGGGAAAUGGUAUUUGUGUAUGAAAAUGCAAAAGAAGGAGCUCGGAAUGUAAGAACAUCAGAACGAGUGACACUUAUAGUGGAUAACACUAGAUUUGUUGUAGACCCAUCCAUUUUUACUGCACAGCCAAAUACAAUGUUGGGCAGGAUGUUUGGAUCUGGCAGAGAACAUAACUUUACACGUCCUAAUGAGAAGGGAGAGUAUGAAGUGGCAGAAGGAAUUGGCUCUACAGUAUUUCGAGCAAUUUUGGAUUAUUAUAAAACAGGAAUAAUCCGUUGUCCUGAUGGCAUAUCUAUUCCUGAAUUGAGAGAAGCUUGUGACUAUCUUUGUAUCUCUUUCGAAUAUAGUACUAUUAAAUGUCGAGAUCUCAGUGCCCUAAUGCAUGAGUUGUCAAAUGAUGGUGCUCGCAGACAGUUCGAAUUUUACUUGGAAGAAAUGAUCCUGCCUCUCAUGGUAGCCAGUGCCCAGAGUGGGGAACGCGAAUGCCACAUAGUGGUGCUUACAGACGAUGAUGUUGUUGAUUGGGAUGAAGAGUACCCACCACAGAUGGGAGAAGAAUAUUCACAAAUUCACCUUUUAAGGGAGAUAACUCCACCUGAAAGAGAGAAGGCGAGGAAGGUCCAUCAGUCUAACUCCCUGAAGUGCCCAGCACAUUUGGAAGACUCAACAUGUUUUAUAUAUAGCACAAAAUUAUAUAGAUUUUUCAAGUACAUUGAAAACAGAGAUGUGGCCAAAUCGGUUUUGAAGGAGAGGGGUCUUAAGAAGAUUAGACUGGGAAUAGAAGGUUAUCCUACCUACAAAGAAAAAGUAAAGAAAAGACCUGGGGGCCGCCCUGAAGUGAUUUACAACUAUGUCCAAAGACCCUUUAUUCGAAUGUCUUGGGAGAAGGAAGAAGGAAAGAGUCGGCAUGUAGACUUUCAGUGUGUGAAGAGUAAAUCUAUCACCAACCUUGCCGCCGCUGCCGCAGACAUUCCCCAGGACCAGCUGGUAGUCAUGCAUCCGACUCCGCAAGUGGAUGAGCUGGAUAUUCUACCCAUCCACCCCCCUUCUGGCAACAAUGACCUCGAUCCUGACGCACAGAAUCCGAUGCUGUGACAGUGAUGUUUCUUGAAACCAUAGCAUGCUACUCUUCACAGUGAUGCUGUACUCUCCUCAUCCUGCACUGCAAGGCCACUCUCUUCAUUGUGAGAUGCACAGAACAAUGUUUAGGAUAUUGCAGUGUAGGCUUUUUUUAAAGACCAAAGGUAGCUGAAUGGUUUUUUAAAUGAGUACAACUCUAGCAUCUUGAGGUUCCAGUUAUAUAAAUGUAUUUGUUUACCAGUAGGUUUGUGAAAUUGGUUCUUUGUAUGGGGGACAGUCCUUUUUCACACAUCUAUAUCUUUCCAGAAGUGGUGGAAAUUGGCAGCUGGGGUACUUUGUCUAGAUUGAUAUUCAUCACACCCCAGAUAAAAUGUAGAACAUUAUAUAGUUGCACUUUAUAAAUGGUGGUUAAGUGGAACUGUUCAAGCCAUUUUUAUAGUUGUGAUGCACAAUAUGAUUUAAAUAAGUGCUUCUAUCAAAGUAUUCCUUCAGUAAAAUGUGUAUAGUUUGCUGCCCAUGAUGAGCAAAAAAUGAGUAUCACUGGGCUUAUUUGAAUGAUGAGGAUGAGAUUCAACCAUAUCUUAUCAGUUAUCUCAGUGCCGUUUUCAUCCUUUUCAAGUGUCACAUGCAGGGAGUGUGAACAUCAGAGGUGGGUUAUUAUCCGGUCUGCCUUACCCUUAAUCUGUUCACAGAUAUUUAUUUACUAAUGAUUUUUUUGAAAGUUAUGGGAUAAGAAAAUGAAGUGUUUGCUCUUCAUUUACUAAAUGAUUGUAAACUCGUUUUUCAUCAAAAUAAAAUUCCAUUGUUUU